GAAUUGAGGCGGAGCGCUUCGUUUCUCGCUCUUCGUGUUCAGCUGUGUGCGAGUGAGGCGAAAAUUUUGUAGGAAUAAUCUCAUUUGAGAGAUGGCAAACACUCUGCGAGCAGUGAAUCUUGUCAGCGCAGUAUCAAGAGCAUCAUGCCGCUGUCCAGCACACGCACUGUGCCUUCCAGGUUCCAGAGACACGCACCAUUCUCAUCAUGAGAGCCAACCAAGCACAGACUAUGCCUUUGAAAUGGCAUGCUCCAACAUUCGCUAUGGCCCUGGAGUUACAAAAGAAGUUGGAAUGGACAUGAAAAACUUUGGUGCAACCAAUGUGUGCCUUAUGGUUGAUCCUAACCUUGUCAAUCUUCCACCUGUCAAAGAAACCCUCAACUCCCUUCACAAGCACAAUGUUCAAUACAGCAUGUUCAGUGGAAUUUCUAUAGAACCAACGGAUGAGAGCUUCAGGAAAGCUAUCGACUUUGCCCGCAAAGAUAAGUUUGAUGCCUUUCUGGCAGUCGGGGGAGGUUCCACAAUGGACACGUGCAAAGCAGCCAACCUCUACUCUUCAAACCCACAUCGGGAAUUCCUGGACUUUGUAAAUGCUCCCAUUGGCAAGGGGAUACCAAUACCUUCUAAUCUCAAGCCCCUUGUAGCAGUGCCAACUACUGCUGGGACAGGAAGUGAGACGACUGGAGUAGCGAUCUUCGAUUACAUGCCCCUGAGGGCAAAGACAGGCAUUGCUCACAGGGCUCUGCGGCCUACCCUUGGCAUUGUGGACCCACUCCACAGCCUCCACAUGCCCGAGCGUGUGGCAGCUUACAGUGGAUUCGACGUCCUUUGCCAUGCCCUGGAGUCGUACACAGCCAUUCCGUACCACAAGCGUUCUCCCUGUCCUUCAAAUCCCAUUGAACGCCCAGCUUAUCAGGGCAGCAACCCCAUCAGUGACGUGUGGUCCCUCUACGCCCUGAAAAUUAUCCGCAAAUAUUUCAAAAGAUCUGUAUACGACAAUACUGACGUGGAAGCAAGGUCCCACAUGCACCUUGCGAGUGUUUAUGCCGGCAUAGGAUUCGGAAAUGCUGGUGUGCACCUCUGCCACGGGAUGUCCUACCCUAUUGCGGGCCAGGUGAAAACGUAUUCGGCGGAGCAGUACAUAACUGACCAUCCCAUCAUUCCCCAUGGUCUCUCAGUGGUUAUGACGUCUCCUGCUGUAUUUAGCUUCACGUCUCCAAUGUGCCCGGAGAGGCACAUAGAAGCUGUGGAUGCCCUCGGCGGGGAUACAACUAAUCUGAAGCGUGAGGAUGCCGGCAGGGCGCUGGCAGAUGUUCUGCGUGAAUACAUGCUCAAUAUGAAGGUAGACAAUGGCCUCUCUGCACUCGGCUACAGCGUUUCAGAUAUUCCAUCACUUGUCAAGGGGACACUUCCACAGCAUAGAGUGACAAAACUAUCUCCGAGGCCACAAACUGAAGAGGAUCUUAGCAAACUCUUUGAAGCAUCUAUGACGGUCUAUUAAAUCUGCAGCCUGUUUUUAUGCGGCAACAGCCCGGUGAACUUGUUCUUAGGCAUUAAAUAUGCAAUUUGCAAAUGUUAA